AUGCUCGGCCUGAUUUCAGCCCUUGUGCCACUGGCAUGGCUCACCACGUUCGUCGCGGCACAGACACCAGAGCCGGACCCACUGUUCAUCGGAUGUCUGAGCAAGGAGUGGUGGCAGAAGCACCCGGAGGCACCCAACUAUCCCAACAAGUGGGGUUGGGUUCAGGAGGACUCCAACGCACAAUGUCAGGUUCGUCGUCUUGUUCAAGUCGCGGACAUUGAACAGACUCAGGACUACUGUUCUAGCUCUGGUUACGGAAACGGCUUCUCGUACUACUCUCCCCAGUUCUUCGCCUGCUCGAACUGGUUCCUCCCUGGCCAGGUGACCGACCCGGACACGGGAGAGACUAUCAACCUGAUGACAAACCCGGUCGACGCCUACGGCACGUGCGACGAAAACUCGGUGACUGUGUCCUGGGUGAACACGUUUGGGGCCAACCGCCGCUUCUGGUGGUUCAGCGUGUGCCUCCCUGAAAUGCUCCCCAACGCCAAAGCCUUUGUCUCCUCAACCACAGGCAACAUCAAGGCUGACUGCUAUGAUUAUUGCCGAACAAUGGGCACGAGCAUGGCGCUUAGGGUGGAGGGAUUCUACCCCCCAAACCUCGGAGGACCGCCCAGCCACCUGGUCACCGCUUUCGAGUGCGCCUGCUACGACAGGCCAAAUGACGGGCCAGCAACGCCGAGCAACAACUGCCAAUGGAACUCGUGGCUCCUAUACAACGACAACCUGCCCCUUGAGCCGAGCCCGGCCGCCAACAGGCGGCGACGUCUCAAAGAGCAGCAUCAGCAGAACCGCCGCCGGUUCAACGGCAUCGGCGAUCGCGGACAGCACCACCUCGCCCUGUGUCCCCGGCCGACCUUGGCCUGCGCCGUUCCCGGCACGGACGGGUACGAGUGCGUCGACACGUCGCUGGAGCUCGAGUCGUGCGGCGGGUGUGUCCACGGCGAGUAUGGCGUGGCGGCCAACGGAACCUCAUUUGGGCAAGACAAGUGCAUCGAUGUCGACACCAUCCAGAACGGCUGGGAAUUAUAUCUCCAGGUUGCAAGCACAAGACAAAUGUUCGACUACUGCUACGGUGGUUGCGCUCAAUGCGGUCGCAGCGUUGCGUACCAGAUUACCAGUUUCUCCGCCUCAACGUCCCCCUCUCCAGGAAUUAUGGACACAGUUCUCUCGUGCAAAUGCUAUUACAGGGCCCCCGGGUUGCCACCUGUCCCGGCGAGCAAUAAUUGCAAAUGGAACUCUUGGUUCUACUACAACGACAAUGUGCCCCCUAUUCAGCCGAGCCAAGCUGCAAACAGGCGACGACUCCUCCUGGAGCAGGACCAACACCGUCUGCAGUUCAGUGGCCUGGGGGACCGCGGAUCCCACCACCUCGCCCUCUGCCCCCGGCCGACGCUGGCCUGCAAUGUGCCCGGCACGGACACGUUCGAGUGCAUCAACACGUCGCAGGAGCUCGAGUCGUGCGGAGGCUGCCUGAACGGCGAGUUCGGCCUUGUGGCCAACGCCACCAGGCAGGGAUACGAGUGA